AUGCCGGAAGCCGGAGGCAACCUGAGCGCGGUGCGCGGGGAAGAUCAAUUCGGUAGGACGCUCUGGGAGAAGGGCAAGAAUGGCGCGCUGGUGGUGGUCAAAUACGGCGCCGCGUGGUGCAAACACUGCCCGAUGAUGCUCCCGGAGUUUGGUGCCGCGGCGCGUCGGCACCCGGAGGCGCACUUCGUCCUCGCGGACGUGGACACCCUACCGGAAACCGGCAAGGACAUCAGGUUCACGCCCACGUUUUCGUUUUACCGCAGCGGCGUAAAGCUCGACGAGAUCACGCGCACGUCGCCGCAGCAGCUGAGGGACCACGUCUGGAUGCACGCGCCGGACAAGCCGUACGUGCCGGACGAUGCGUGA